AUGUCUUCCGAAGGCGUCUCACUCCAAGUCACCAUCUAUAUCAGCCCCGAAAACGUCCCCAAGUUCUUUGAAGCUUUCCGUCCCACUUAUGAGAAAGUAAUCCAGGAGCCGGAAUGUACCUUCUUCGAGGUCUACGAGGACCCCGCAGAACCGGGAGUGAUCUCCUGGGUUGAGAAUUGGUCUAAGUCUAAAGAAUGGUUAUUCCAGUUCCAGGCUCCUAAGGAAUAUUAUCGGGAGUACUUGGCCGUCACCGAACCGAUGUUUCUUAAGCCACGGGAGAUUAAGCUGUUGAAGCGCCUGGGCCUGCCAUUUACUAUGGUGAAGAAGGAGAAUGGAGGAUUGAGAGAGUGA